AUGGACGCGGGCAUCAUUCGCAACUUAAAGCUCAAGUACAAGGCCCGAUUCGUGCAGUGGCUACUGGACAUGGUGACGGCAGGGACGGAGGACAAGAAGCUCGACGUUCUCAGCGCAAUCCGCAUGGUGGUAAAAUCGUGGGCUGAGGUGCGCCCUAAAACUAUUCGACACUGUUUGAUCCACACAGGAAUCGUGUCGGGAGUUAUGGCGGCAGUGCUCCGUAGGCAAGAUGAGCCGGUCCGUCCCAAUGAUCUCUCAAUCCUGGCUAAUCUAAUCGACAAACUAUCCUUAUCUGAUGGAGUGGAUGCAGACGACUAUCUGGAGUGUGACAACAACUUGGAAGAACGGGAACUAGACCUCGACGCAACUGCCACGUCUGAGCCAUUUUCGCGUGAUGACGACAGCGAAGGACACAAAAGUCCCAUCUUCAUUCAUCGCGACGCGCUGAAUGCUGCAAUACAAUUGUCUACGUACCUAUUCGCACACAAGAUCGAUAUUGCACACAAGAUUGAUAUUGUGGGGAUGCAACUGCUGACCGAGAAAUGCCGCCAACAGCUUCAACAGAGCAUGCACCAGCAGAAAAUCACCGAUCAUUUCUCAAAAGAGUAA